GGCUGAGCCCUGCUCAAUGUCCGGUCCGUUUUAAACUGGAUCCCGCCCUGGCACCCUGCUUUUCCGCCGCGGCGCGCUCCUGAUGUGCUGAUGCUGUGUUCAGGAUGAUAAUGAAUUCAAGCUCCAGACCUUGAGAGGAACUAGUCCGACUUCCAGAAGAGAAGGUAGCACCUCUUCAAGGCCCUGAAAAACGACCUGCUGGACGUGUCGAGUGGCGCCCGAACAAGGGACCUGAAGAACGGUCAACUACCAGACGACAGAGAAACCCCGGGAAGAGGAUUCAAGGACCCCACAGACCGCAUCGCUGGAGGGGCAGGUAAACAGCCAAACAUUGUCGUCCGAUUGUCAUGGAGAAACAAUUAUCAGAAGAGACUUGUUUCAUAGGAGGAAUCAAGCAUUCGCUCAGGGAGAGAGGAAUAAGAGUCAAGAAAAAGGAUUUAAUUAAGUUCUUCUGUUUUGUUGAUGAAAAAUGUCCUUGGUUAAUUUUAAGUGGACCUGAUAUUCACCCGCUAACUUGGGAUAAGGUUGGUAAGGAAAUUAAUGACAUUCUGAAAACUGGUGAACCAGUGUCUGAUACAUUCUUUAGUUACUGGGGCCUUAUAAGGGAUAUAAUAAAAGAUGCAAAGAAUGGAGGGGAGAGUGCCCGUCUGUUAGCUGUUGCUGGUGACUUUCUGCAAGCCUCGUGUCCGCCAUCAUGCAAAAGCGAAAGUGGCGAUGGUGAGCCGUGCUCUCCGUGUCCCUCUGUAAUUGUAGAUAUGCCUGGGGACAUGGAGGACCCUCCUCCAAAAAUUACACGAUCCUUAGAGGAUCCCAAAAUUCCUAGAAAUAUAUACCCUUCUCUUAAGGAGAUUUCAAAAAACCAAAAUGAAACUAAAAACGAGCGCCGCCCGCGCAGCUCCUCUGACUCAGAAUUAGACCUAGCAUCCGAGGCUGAAUUAAAGGAGGAGGCUGCCACAUACAAAGAGGAGAGGUAUGGUGGCGGACCCCGAGAACCUCAAGUCUUUUUCACUCAGCCCCUGCCACACCUAUAUCCCCUAACCCCCCCUGUGUCUCUGCCGGCCUCGGUGGUUGAAGGGUUAACCAAAACAAAAGCUGUGCUUCAGGCGCAAAUCACUGGGCUCAAACAAGUCCUACAUCUGCAACAAGAAUUAGUGGACCUUUCUUUAGAAAUUCAAAACCUGCAAGAAACUAUGAGAAAAGGACAGGAUCCCCCGAACAAGCGACUGUCCGGCCCCUUAAAGAAACAUCAGCCUAAAGUCAUGACCGGGACGCGUGCUAGACAAACCAGAAAUGAACCCGAGCCGGACAGCACCGGUCCUAAUCAAAGGGGAGACAGCGAUGAGGAUCAAGAAACUGAGGGAGAACAAGACUGUGAUGAGGUAGCUGAGGACUCUGAGGGAGAAGGAUCUGAUCAAGGGGACUAUGAGACCUUGUGCCCUGUGUACAAAAAACUUAAAUUUAAGAGUAUUAAGAAAUUGCAUUCAGCUGUAAAAACCUACGGCAUGAAUGCACCCUUUACUUUGUCCAUACUAGAGGGACUCGCAGGAUCCAGAUAUCUAAUACCUGGUGAAUGGAUUAAAGUGGUGCAAUCCGUCCUUAGCAGAGGACAGUACUUAACUUGGAAAUCAGAAUUCAUUGACAGAGCAGAAAAUCUUGCCGCCAGAAAUAGAAAAAAUCCCUUGAGUAAAACUGCCUCCUGGACAGCAGAUAAGCUGUGUGGAAGGGGUGCAUUCACCUCUGAGGAAAAGCAACGAGGGCUAUCCCCUGGCAUCCUUGCUCAGACUGCACAAGCUGCCUUGUCUGCUUGGAGAGCGGUUCCCGCCACAGAGGCAAUCACUACCCCCUUAACUAAAAUAAUUCAAGGAGCCCAGGAGCCCUAUGCUCAAUUUGUGGGGAGAUUGCAGGAAGCAGCAGAAAGGAUCCUAGGUCAAAGUGAACGUGAAGGGCUCCUCGUUAGGCAGCUCGCCCUUGAGAACGCCAACCCGGCAUGCAGAGCCGUGCUACGAGGCAAAACCAAGGACCUUGAUAUCUCAGGAAUGAUUAAACUCUGUAAGGAUGUGGACCCCUUUAUAUAUCAGGUAUCCAAAUCCAUCAGCCUGGCUAUCAGAGCCAUCUUUCAAAAGAUGGGGGAUUCUAGUCGCCCCAGGAGCAAGACGUACUUUCGGUGCAGACAGCCCGGUCAUUUUGCAAGAGAAUGUAGCACUCCCAGGCAGACACCCAAUCCUGCCCUCAGCAGAGGGGCCAUAAAACCUGCACCGCCGGGAGUCUGUCCCCGCUGUAAGAAAGGCAGGCACUGGGCUAAUGAGUGUCGUUCUAAGACUGAUAUCCAUGGACAAGCCCUUACUUCGGUCCCGGGAAACAGGCCACAAAGGGGCCCUUACUCUCAGUCCACAGCACACCCCAAAAUAUAGGAGCAGACACCGAUGACAACACCCUAUCUAGGGCAACAGCAGGGAGCGCAGGACUGGACUCACGUCCCUCAACCACCCAGGUUAUAACCCCCGAGGAAGGGACUGUUAUUAUAGAAUCUGGAAAGUUUGGGCCCCCGCCUUCUGGUAUGUUUUUCUUGAUAAUUGGACGAGCUUCAAGCUCCCUUCAAGGCCUCAUCAUACUCCCUUCUAUAAUAGAUGCUGACUGUUCAGGAGAGAUCAAGUUUCUUGCCACUGCCACGAGGGGUCCAUUAACACUCAGAGCCGGACAAUGCAUUGCACAAGCGUUGCCCCUUCCUUUGAUGGGGUAUUUUCCCCACAAGAGAGAGGCACAGCUCUUCCUCCCCUGGUUCUUCUGAUAUCUACUGGAUUCAGAAGCUAACUAAAGAGAGGCCCAUGAUGACGCUAUGGCUGGAUGGUAAACAGUUUCAGGGCCUUUUAGAUACUGGGGCCGACACAACAGUGCUUUCCUCCAGGCACUGGUCUUCAGCUUGGCCUCUUGAGGCCACGGCCACACACUUAAAGGAAAUAGGACAGUCACAAGAUACAUUACAAAGUUCAAGGCUUCUAACUUGGAGGGAUAAGGAAAAGAAUACAGGAACAGUUAGGCCAUUUGUAGUACCUGGACUCCCUGUUAACCUUUGGGGGAGAGAUAUUCUAUCUCAAAUGGGGAUGAUGAUGUGCAGCCCCAAUGAAAUUAUUACCAAUCAAAUGUUAAAAACAGGGUUCCUCCCUGGGAAAAGGUUGGGUAAAUAUGAACAAGGAAUGACAUAUCCCCUGGUUCCCACCCCUAAUACAGAUAGGAAAGGCUUGGGUGCGGACCUUUUUUCAUAAGGACUGCUGAUCCCCCUGCACUCCAGGCUGAUAAAAUAUCUUGGCAAUCAAAUGACCCAGUCUGGAUCGAUCAGUGGUCCAUGCCUAAAGAGAAGGUUCAGGCUGCCCUAAAGUUGGUGCAGGAACAAUUAUCGCUAGGGCACCUUGAACACUCCACCUCCCCUUGGAACACUCCCAUAUUUGUUAUAAAAAAGAAAAAUGGCAACUGGAGGUUAUUACAAGACCUCCGAGAGGUCAAUAAAACUGUGAUCUCCAUGGGGGCACUACAGCCUGGGUUGCCUUCCCCAAUAGCUAUUCCCAAAGGCUUUCAUAAAAUAGUGAUUGAUAUAAAAGACUGCUUUUUCUCCAUCCCCCUUCAUCCUGAGGAUUGCGCUCGUUUUGCCUUUUCUAUCCCUAUUACUAACCAUGCAGGUCCCAAUCCCCGCUUUCAAUGGCGUGUAUUACCACAAGGAAUGGCUAAUAAUCCUACUUUGUGCCAGCGUUAUGUGGCACAGACUAUAGAUCCAAUAAGGAUAUGCCAUCCAAAGGCCUACAUUAUUCAUUAUGUCGAUGAUUUGCUAGUUUCCUCAGUUAAUCUAUCAGAAACCCAACAGAUAGCCCAAGAAUUGGUUCUUGCCUUAAAACAGAGAGGCUUUGUUAUAGCUCCCGAGAAGAUUCAAACACAGUUUCCCUUCUUGUUUCUGGGAUUUCAACCAGAACCUAUUACUGUCUGCUCUCAAAAGUUAACAAUCAGAGGAUCACAAUUGCAGACCUUAAAUGAUUUUCAAAAACUUUUGGGUGACAUUAAUUGGCUCAGACCAUAUCUUAAGCUGAUCACGGGCAAUCUUAAACCUCUCUUUGACAUUCUAAAGGGCAACGCUGAUCCUCUUUCCCCUAGAAUGUUGACCCCAGAGGCUAAAAGCUCUUUACAGUUGGUAGAGAGGGCUAUUAGCCAACAAUUUAUAGGAUAUUUUGACCCAUCCAAAAAUCUUUAUUUAAUUAUUUUCACAACAUUCACACCAACAGGCCUUCUGUGGCAGAGUGGGCAGCCACUUAUGUGGGUGCACCUACCAGCCACUCACCCUAAAAUACUCCCUACUUACCCUUCCCUAGUUUGCCAGGCCAUAUUUCUAGGGCUCAAAACAGCUAUCCGCUCGCUAUUUUGGCCACGAUCCAGAGAUAUUCACAAGACCUAUUCACAAGAGCAGUUUGCUUGGCUACAACAGAGAGAUGAGGAAUGGACUGUUUUAUUGUCCAGCUAUCAAGGGGAGUUUGAUACCCACCUACCAGGAGAUAAACUAUUACAAUUUCUCCAUAACAUUCCUUUUGUUUUCCCGAAAGUUAUGCGAUUAAAACCUCUAAGAGAUGCUUUAACUGUCUUUAUAGAUGGGUCCAAAAAUGGAAGGACUUUGUCAUUAGAAAUCGGGCCUCUCAUAUUAACACACCCUAUGCCUCUGCUCAAUUAGAAUUACAAGGCGCCCUUGAAGUAUUUAAAACAAUUAAUGAAAGUUUUAAUCUUUAUUCAGAUAGCCAUUAUGUAGUCAGAGCCCUCCAAGUUCUUGAAGUUGUCCCCAUUAUACAGCCUUCGUCACCGGCCUUCUCGUUGUUUUUUGAGAUACAACAGCAUAUAAGGGCUCGAACGAGCCCAUUCUUUAUAGGACACAAAAGGGCCCAUACAAACCUGCCUGGCCCUCUAACUAAGGGGAACGAUUUGGCUGAUAAAGUCACUCGCUUAGUAGCAUUGGCCUCCCUCACCGAUCCGCUUCAGGAGGCUCAGAUGGCUCAUUCCCUUCAUCACCUAAAUGCUCAAACAUUAAGACUUAGAUAUAAAAUAACUCGGGAACAGGCUAGACAAAUUGUAAAAAGUUGUAAAAAUUGUCUAACAUUGCUUCCUGAGCCGCAUCUGGGAGUCAAUCCCAGGGGCCUUGUUCCUGGAGAACUUUGGCAAAUGGAUGUUACUCAUGUUCCCUCUUUUGGAAAACUUAAAUUUGUGCAUGUGACUGUUGAUAUCUUUAGUGGAUUUUUAUGUGCCUCUGCACAGACCGGAGAGGCCACAAAAAAAUGUUAUUUCUCACAUGUUAUUUACCUUCUCUGUUAUGGGCCAACCCAAAAUACUUAAGACAGAUAACGGACCUGGUUAUACCAGUCAAAAAUUUAAGCAAUUUUGUUCUCAAAUACAGAUAAAACAUAUUACAGGCAUCCCCUACAAUCCCCAGGGUCAAGGAAUUGGUGAACGUGCCAAUCAAACGCUUGCAAAUACCCUUUAAAGCUCACCACUCAGGAAACCCUUUAUUCCUUUAAAGGCAAUGCUAAGCUCCUAUUAUCCUAUGCCCUGUUUGUUUUAAAUUUCUUAACUCUAGAUAAACAAGGGCACUCCGCCGCUGACCGCCUAUGGCAUCCGACAACAAAUAUGGAUUAUGCCCAAGCCCUUUGGAAAGACCCCCUAUCUGGGAAAUGGCAGGGGCCAGACCCUGUUAUCUGGGGAAAAGGGUCCGCCUGUAUUUAUAAUUCUAAAGAAGGGGCUCCCAGAUGGCUCCCUGAAAGAUUGAUAAAGCCGUAUAACAAAUUCCAGGGUGGCGCCUGAGAACAAAAUAAUUUUUCUUUUUCAGAAAAUGGCCUGCUGCUGGGUUGUGCAUGUGACUUCUCCUCCUACCAUUGAUGAUCAAUGGAGCAAUGCCACCCUACCAGAUCUUCAACUACACCUGGAUUGUCUGUAAUGAGGCCGGUGAUAUAGUCAAUGCUUCUUCCACACUUGGGGGAUCUCCUCGUUGGGAACCCCUUAUUUGUAGAUUUAUGCCAAUUGGCCUUGGGUGCUGGAGAAGCCACCACAUGCCAUAAACUACACCAGUCAACAACGUGGAAGGUUAUAGAAUCGCCCCUGGGUGUCAGAAUAAAUGCGCCCGAUCUUUCUUGGCCAUUACACCUAUCUAUGCUUGCCCUGGAGGCCACCGAGACCGGUCCUUAGGACAGAAAUGUGGUUUCCAUGACAAAUAUUUUUGUGCCUCUUGGAGCUGUGAGACCACGGGUGACACCUAUUGGAGUCCCCCUUCUUCUUCUUGGGACCUCAUUCAGGUCAAGAGAUAUAACCCUCCACAAGGUCAAUCCUAUGAUCAAUGGCAAGGGAACCCCUUCUCAGGACGGUCCACCCCUUUCUUUCCACAAUGUGAGUCCUGGUGAAAUACUUUACAAAUAACCUUUACAGGCCAUGGAAAGAAAUUUGCUUGGGAGGCUUCAUGAGGAGCUGAGUGGGGCUUAUGUGCCUAUAAAUCAGGCAAACACCCAUGUCUUUCCUGUAAAUUACAGUUGGAAAAGACGUUACCUUAUACACAUAGAGCCUCCAUUGGACCUAAUCAUCAAUUACUUAAUUUUGCCCCCUCAUCACCCAGGGGAACCCCAAAGUCUAAGAAUUCAUCAGCCACGCAGGCUCCACAUAUUUCUUCCUUGACUACCUUAUUCCAACCUACCAUCCCUCAGGGCCCCUCAACUCGGGUAAUUCUUUCCAUCCUUAAUACAUCUGCCUCUGCUUUGUUCCUUAAGGAACAGGAGGCUAAUUCAUCUAAAUAUGUAGAAUGCUGGAUAUGUUUUUCGACCUCUCCUCCAUUCUAUGAGGGUGUUGCUCUUUUUGGAAAUUUUACAUAUACCAAUGAUUCUGAGGGUUUAAAUGGAAAUUUCUUAGGAUUCACCCUCACAGAGGUAUCCGGGGCAGGGAGCUGCAUCCUGGGAGAGCAUAUGCUCCCCCCUCAACAAUUGUUAGAGAUAUGCAACUAUACCUUAUCGUAUAGUUGACAAUCGUUAAGAGUAUUUGCUAGCCCCAAAUCAUAUCUAUUUGGCAUGUUCCUCAGGAUUGACUACCUAUAUUAUAAUAUCUGAAUUUAUACAGCGUCGCGAUUAUUGCGUGCUGGUACAAUUACUUUCAAGACUUAGCAUUCAUGAGCCAGGAGACCUUCUAAACUUCUGGGAUGAAAACACCGAGAUGCCCCAUAGGGAGUAGAGAGAACCUAUUUCGGCUAUCACCCUUGCUGUCAUUCUAGGAUUAGUGGCAGCUGGAACAAGCACAGGCAUUGCCUCCCUUGUUACCUCUCAACAGAAUCGACAACAAUAUCAUUUACUUAGUGCUGCCAUUGAUAAGGACCUGGCCGAGCUCAGAGAUGGUUUAGCCAAUUUAAAAGAUUCUGUUGCUUCCUUAUCAGAAGUAGUAUUGCAAAAUAGGAGAGGACUUGAUCUGCUCUUCCUACAACAAGGAGGGCUUUGCACAGCACUAAGGGAGGAGUGCUGUGUUUAUGUGGAUAAGACAGGACUGGUAGAUGACAGUCUGAGGAGAGUAAAAGAAAGUUUAGAGAAACACAAAAGAGAAUGAGAACAACAGGAGUCUUGGUAUAAAAAUUGGUUCUCCACGUCCCUGUGGCUUUCCACCCUACUACCUUCUAUUCUAGGACUCUUCAUAGGGUUAUUACUGUUAAUCUCCUUUGGUCCCUGGGCUUUUCAACGAUUAACCCACUUCAUUAAAUCACAAAUAGAUUCUACCUUGCCCAGGAGUUCUGUCUCCAUACAGAACCACCGCUUAGAGAUGGGAAGAGCGAUGAACCUGGAAGAAGGACAAGAUUCUUCAGAGACCGCCUUGGUACCGGCCCCGGAGAGGCUCGACUUUACUAAACUUCUAAAAUAAAAAGUUCCUAGGCCUCCAACCUAUCACCCCUAGGCUAUCUUCUUGGGGAAGGAAAAGCAGGCCCUAGGUAGCCAUCUUAAGGACGGGCAACUUCCUCCUCCCUCUGACCAACCUAAGACAUGGGGCCUUGAGGGUGACAAGGUAACCCUACGACGGGUAAGGCUGAGGGUAGGGAGGUCGAUCCUAAGACAGAGAUGGCUACACACAUACUGGCCUAGCCCCCUGCCUAGGUACAUUUCCCCUGGCCGAUACGCCUUCCUAAAUAAAAGGAAAGGGAGAAAUGUGGAGAGCCAUCCUAAACAUAUGCUUGUAUCUCAGCCUAAAAUGGCUGCCGAGGAAAGUCAUGAGAACAGCAAACAAGAGCCUCUCCCAUGAACUGCCGGUUAAAGGGAAGAUAAGCCAUAGGACGUUCCAGUCUGGCACAAACACCAGAUGUCUCCACCGAUGACCCUUAUCUCUUCCUGCUGAAACUGCCAGAAAUAUCUGCCCCCUCCCCUUGCUAUGAGACAAGUUCCUCCUCUGAAAACUAUAAAACCUGUAAACCUUGCUGCAUUAAAUGAGACCUCGAUAAUUGAA